AUGUUAAAUUUAUUAAAUACAUUAUUUUUAAAUGUUAUUAGUAAUGAUGUGCCAACACCUUAUGGUAUUUAUUUUCAAGAUUCAGCUACACCUAAUCAAGAAGGUAUUUUAGAAUUACAUGAUAAUAUUAUGUUUUAUUUAUUUAUUAUUUUAGGUUUAGUAUCAUGAAUGUUAUUUACAAUUGUUAAAACAUAUUCAAAAAAUCCUAUGGCAUAUAAAUAUAUUAAACAUGGACAAACUAUUGAAAUUAUUUGAACUAUGUUUCCAGCAGUAAUUUUAUUAAUUAUUGCUUUCCCUAGUUUCAUUUUAUUAUAUUUAUGUGAUGAAGUUAUUUCACCAGCUAUGACUAUUAAAGCUAUUGGAUAUCAAUGAUAUUGAAAAUAUGAAUAUUCUGAUUUUAUUAAUGAUAAUGGUGAACUAAUUGAAUUUGAAUCAUAUGUUAUUCCUGAUGAUUUAUUAGAAGAAGGACAAUUAAGAUUAUUAGAUACUGAUACUUCAGUAGUAGUACCUGUUGAUACACAUAUUAGAUUUGUAGUAACAGGAGCUGAUGUUAUUCAUGAUUUUGCUAUUCCUAGUUUAGGUAUUAAAGUAGAUGCUAAUCCUGGUAGAUUAAAUCAAGUAUCAGCUUUAAUUCAAAGAGAAGGAGUAUUCUAUGGACAAUGUUCAGAAUUACUGCGGUGUUAA